AUGAGACAUGAAAUAACUGAAAAUCAUGUAUUUGCUUCAAUUAAAGCAUCAUAUAAGGAAGCUUCUUUUCCAGUUGUUCCUUCAUUAAAAGAAAAUGAAAUGAAAAAAAUAGUACAGAACAAGGAGGUUAUCAGACAUUUAAUUGACAUAGUGUUGUAUUUGCGGAGACACUGUUUACCUUUUAGAGGUCAUAGAGAGGGUUGGAAAGAUGAUGUUCGUGGAAAUUUUAAAGAUUUAGCUAUCUUAUUGGCAAAGUAUUCACCUCCAUUAUCAUGUCAUUUAACUGAAUUCCAAAUUAGGGGAAAAUAUACACAAAAUUUUGUAUCAUGGAAUCGGAAAAAUCAGUUGAUAUUAGCUAUUGCAACUAAUACAAUAAAAAAUGAAAUUUUGAAUGCAAAAUUUUUUGCUUUAUCUUUAUACACCACAUUUGACGUGUCAAGAAAAGAGCAAUUGUCACUGGUUAUUCGGUAUAUAAAUAAAAUUCUUGAUGAUAUAUGUAAAGAUAUGUGUUUAGAUUGGAAAACUUAUCUAAUUGGGCAAUCUUAUGAUGGUGCUGCCUCAAUGAGAGGUGCAUACAACAGCUUACAAGCUAUUGUAAAAGAGCAUAAUUCAUCAGCUACUUACGUUUGGUGUUGGGCACACAAAUUUAAUUUGGUUAUAGUCGAUGCUGUAAGUUCCUGUUCACAAGCUAGAGACUUAUUUGGUACAUUGGAAACACUUUAUGAUUAUAUAGGCAGUAGUAAGAAGCGAGUAGGACUUUACUCGGCAUCCCAAAGAAAAAUAUAUCCUGGAAAGCCACUGCGAAGACUAAAAAGAGUAGAUACUACCCGAUGGACAUCACACUCAGCUGCUCUUUGUACGGGUUUCGACACAUAUGAUUCAAUCAUUGAUACAUUAGAGGAUUUACAACACGAUUCUGAUCGUAUAUCGAGUGUCAAAGCUAGUAGCUUGAUAAAUUAUUUAUUGUCCGAGCGUUUUAUACUAACUAGUUUUAUUUUUAAGCAAAUUUUUGAAUUAACUAGUCCUUUAACUAAAUUUUUGCAAGGUGUUAAUACUGAUUUGCUGGGUGCUAGUGAAUACAUAGUAGAGCGAUUCAAUGAUCAAUCUACUCCAUUUUAUAAAGAUAUUUCACUUUUUCGAGAAAAAAGAUUAAAAAAAGUAGCAGAGCAGUCAAAUUUACCCACUGAUGCUUUUGAUGGAUUUGAAAUGGUCUAUGGGAAAUUUGUAAAAGCUGAUGAUUUAAGACAAAAAAUUCACAAAACAGAUGAUAUCGACGAAGAAAUAGAAACAAGUGAUAAUACUGAAAAUGAUAUUGAUCCAGAAGAUCUAGACUUAGCAACAAACCAAGGAAAUAUUUCGACGGUUUUUAAGGUGUGUCACCAAAAUUAUUUAAAAGAAGUGUUUCCAUCCAAUUAUAUUGCAUUAUGUAUAUGUUUAACUUUACCGGUUUCAAGUUCUUCUCCUAAAAGAGCCUUUUCUAAAUUGAAGCUAAUUAAAAGUAGAUUGAGAAGUACUAUGGGAGAAGAUAGAUUAGAAUCUCUUAUAUGUGAUUAUAAACACUAA